GUCUCCUUCCCCGGCGCUUCCAGAUGUCGAUGACGAUGCGACGCGCGGCGGCGCUCGGCGCCCGCCACAUCCUCGCCUCCUCGGCGGCCUCCUCGCGGCUCACCAGCCGCCGCCACAUGGGCAGCGUGAACGCGGCCGCGGCGAUGGAGAAGAUCCGGGCGGCGGGGCUGCUCAGGACGCAAGGCCUCAUCGGCGGCAAGUGGGUCGACGCCUACGACGGGAAGACCCUCGAGGUGCAAAAUCCAGCAACUGGCGAGGUCAUUGCUAAUGUUGCCUGCAUGGGCAACAGAGAAACAUCUGAUGCAAUAGAUUCCGCGAACACUACGUUUUAUUCUUGGAGCAAACUCACUGCGAGUGAAAGGAGCAAGGCACUAAGAAAAUGGCAUGAUCUACUUAUUUCACACAAGGAAGAACUUGCACUUCUUAUGACACUGGAGCAGGGGAAGCCUAUGAAAGAAGCCCUUGGGGAGGUAAAUUAUGGUGCAAGUUUCAUAGAAUAUUUUGCCGAGGAAGCAAAACGUGUAUAUGGUGAUAUUAUUCCACCUACCCUGGCUGACCGCAGAAUAUUGGUUCUGAAGCAGCCUAUUGGGGUAGUUGGAGCUAUUACACCAUGGAAUUUUCCUUUAGCGAUGAUAACCAGAAAGGUUGGACCAGCAUUGGCUUGUGGAUGCACUGUUGUUGUCAAGCCAUCAGAGUUCACACCUCUGACAGCAUUAGCUGCAGCAGACCUUGCUCUUCAAGCUGGAAUACCUGCUGGUGCGCUGAAUGUUGUGAUGGGUAAUGCUCCUGAGAUAGGUGAUGCACUAACACAGAGUACACAGGUCAGAAAGAUUACAUUCACGGGAUCAACAGCUGUAGGUAAAAAACUCUUGGCUGGAUCAGCAAAUACUGUGAAAAAGGUUUCUUUGGAGCUUGGUGGGAAUGCACCUUGCAUUGUUUUCGAUGAUGCAGAUAUUGAGGUUGCUGUUAAAGGCAGUCUUGCUGCCAAGUUUCGUAACAGUGGACAGACAUGUGUAUGUGCAAACAGGAUACUGGUGCAGGAAGGUAUCUACGAAAAAUUUGCAAGUGCAUUUGUCAAGGCUGUUCAGAGUCUGCAGGUUGGUAAUGGGCUAGAAGAGAGUACAUCACAG